AUGUUAAUGGUUACCAGUAUAAAUAAGGAACAAAAUCCCCAAAUACCGAGAAAACCAAAAACAGACAAAGCUUCAAAGAUCACUGGUCCAUCAUUACUCACUUUAAAGAGUUCUUCACAGGAAAUUAAAGCUGGAUAG